AUGGCCCAAUUUGAGGCAUUGUAUGAGAGGAGAUAUAGGUCUCCCAUUGGCUGGUUUGAUUCAUUUGAGGUGAGACCUUGGGGUACCGAUCUCUUUAGGGAAUCAUUAGAGAAAGUGAAAUUCAUUCAGGAGAAGCUUUUAGCAGCUCAUAGCAGGCAGAAGGAGUAUGCAGAUCGGAAGGUUAAGGACUUGGAGUUUAUGGAGGGUGAGCAAGUCUUGCUAAAUGUUUCAUCUAUGAAGGGUGUAAUGCGAUUUGGUAAGCGAGAUAAGCUUAGUCCGAGGUUCAUUGGGCCAUUUGAAGUUCUUAAGCGCGUGGGGGAGGUAGCCUAUGAAUUGGCCUUGCCUCCAGGGUUGUCAGGAGUGCACUCGAUAUUUCAUGUGUCUAUGUUGAAAAAAUACCAUGGUGAUGGAAACUACAUUAUUCAUUGGGAUUCGAUAUUGCUUGAUGAGAAUCUGUCUUAUGAGGAGGAGCCUGUAGCUAUUCUAGAUAGGGAGGUCCGCAAGUUGAGGUCAAAAGAGAUUGCAUCUAUCAAGGUUCAGUGGAGGAAUCAGCUGGUUGAAGAGUCCACUUGGGAGAGUGAGGUUGAUAUGCAAGAAAGAUAUCCACAUAUUUUUAUCGAUUUAGGUACUCUUUCUUACCUUCGCCUUCUUUGA